AUGUCCUAUCCAACCCUCGCCCCGUUCGUCCUCAAGCGGGCCUGGCUGACCAAACUGGCUAUGCCCUUUGCCAAUUGGUACGCCAAUGCCGCCGGAUACCGCCAGCUCGGCCUCAGAGCCGAUGACCUGAUCCCCGAAGAGAGCGACACCGUCCAGCUCGCCCUCAAGCGCCUGCCGCCCACGACCAACUACGACCGUAUCUUCCGCAUCCGCCGCGCCCAGCAGCUCAGCUUGUCGCACAAGCUGCUGCCCAAGAGCGAGUGGACCAAGCCCGAGGACGACAAGCCGUACCUGAUCGAUCUCAUCCGCGAGAUCGACGCCGAGAAGGCUGAGAAGGACGCCCUCGACUCCAUGACCGUCAUCAAGCAGCACUAA